AAGUGCACGGCGGCCCGGAUGUAGAUCGCUACUACACAUGUAAUACGCUGCGCUUCACUGUCACCGCCGAACUGGACCUUAGUGACACCGUUUGGAACUUCUGCCCUUCACGUCGCUUCUGGCUGACAAAGCCCACAAAGCGAAGGGAAACUCGUCUCGCCAACCGUCUGUUUGUUUUGAGCUGGCUGUACUCCACACAGCUAAAGAGUGGGUGGACUGUUGUGUAAUACAGUUAGAAACACCAUUUUAACCACGAAGGGGUUGUGUUGACCGGUUUUUAAGUUCCGGGGCGCUGACGACAGAACCAGCCCGACUCAAAUAGGACCCCGAUUCCAUCUAGAGCCAGCUGUGACCCGGAGAAUGAAGAGUCUUCCGUACUUCUGUCGCGGAGAGGUCAUCCGAGGGUUCGGGAGAGGAAGCAAAGAGCUGGGAAUACCAACAGCCAACUUCCCUGACUCAGUGGUGGACCACCUCCCCGGCGAUAUCAGCACCGGGAUCUACUACGGCUGGGCCUGUGUGGGGAAUGGCGACGUCUACAAAAUGGUGAUGAGCAUCGGCUGGAACCCUUACUACAAGAACACCAAGAAGUCCAUGGAGACUCAUGUGAUUCACACAUUCAAGGAGGACUUUUACGGCGAGAUCCUCAGCGUGGUGAUGGUGGGCUACAUCCGUCCAGAGAGGAGCUUCGACUCGCUUGAAGCCUUGAUCGCUGCCAUCAACAGCGACAUCGAGGAGGCCAAGGUCAAGCUGGAGCAGCCCGAGCACCUCAAACUGAGAUCCGACAACUUCUUCACCAGUGCCUCCAGCGCCGGCUCAGAUCUCAACGGCACCGCCGAGUCCACGUCACACACCAUCCUGAACGGCCACUGACGGCUGCCCGUGACUACAACACACAGAAGUCGCGCAGGGCAUUUGCAUUUCCUCUCAGAGGCUUCGACAUGUCCCAUUAUUGUGCGUUUGAAGCGUGUCAGCUGUUGCCAUAGCAACCUGCAGGCACAUUUACCAACCACUGUAGCCCUUUUUUAUUUUGUAUAUUUGCCUCUUUUUCAUUAUAGUACAGCACAAAUAACUGACUUGUGUGGCAUUUGCUUUGGAGAAAGUGACCAAAGCCUCCUGUGAUCAGAAAACAUGAAGCUUAAAUAACCAGGUUGAAAUCCCCUUUGUUUCUAAAUUGAUGAGAAAGAGUCCUCAAUUUCUAGGUUCUAUGUGGACGUUUCCCAGCGAUUCACCUGAGUGAUUUAUUUAUUUAUUUAUUUAAGUCAUCCUUCUGGAGAAACCUGGACGAGUUACUUCUCAAGUCCAAAUACAAACAGAGAUUUUAUGCAAAAGGUGGCUAAAUGCAAGAGUUGAAACUGCAUCUUGGUUUUGGAACUGCCCUCAGCUGCUGGAUGUUUUUGUUUGAUUUUGCCUGGUUGAGUGGUUUGUCCCACACAAGGAAGUCAUAUCUGCUGGACUUGUUACAUCAGUGUGUCUGCAGAACCUCAGUUCAGCAGUGGCUUAGCUGCGAUGCUUGUGUUGACCACCCAACAAUCCUAGCGCCUCAGUGAGUCAAGCUGAGGAGGACAAGCUCAAGUGCUCCUUCCCUCCGAUCUGUAAUGUAGUGAACAUAGCAUCGAAGAUUAUAUGGUUUGUGUAGACAAAGAAGAGUCUAGUGCUGCUGUUGUAUAUUAAAUAAAGUUGUACCUCGAGCACUUAUUGAAGUCAAAUGGAUAUUCUGCUUCACUUGUCGACACACAUUGUCAGUUCCUCUCAACACAGGGACCAUUAUGUCCAAUCCAUGUUCAAUGUUUCCUUUUAUGUAUCGUGACCGAAUAAAUCAUGUGACCUGA